AUGUCCUUUCUCUCAGACUUGAACUUCGGAAGCAACUUCCUCGGAGUCGGUCACGAGAACACCAGCGCCGGAUCUGACAAGCUCGGCAGUGACGAAGCCAGCAGAUUCCUGGCCGAUCCGAGAAACAUCGAGCAAAGUGAUGUGACGCGAGCCAGAGAACUGGUUGAAAGUGGCCUGCAAAGCAUAUCCCAAAGCCUCGACACCGGAGUUCGGCAGUCCUUGCAAGUAAACAGCAAAUCCUUGGGUCUGUCUUGGUGGAUAAGCAGUUCUCAAGAUUUGAACAACCUCUGGGUACGAGAACCAUUCUGGGAUAUGGGUGCCCUCGCGCAAACGCUUUCUGAGCUCGGUACCGGAAAUGUUCAGGGUUCUUGUUCCGUCUGGAAUACUGUCGAUAGGAGCAUAUCUGGACUCGUCCGGCAAGUAUGUCACCAUUCUGAAUGGAACAACCUCGAUUUCCAAUUCGUUAGCAAACCGCUCAACAAGCUCCUGGGCAUCGUACGGUCCGUAGAAUGGAACUCCCUUCGAGUUGGAUCCUGGACCGGCGUGGUCUCUUCCCACGAUGAAGUGGGUAGCACCAUAGUUCUUUCUGAUAAUGGCGUGCCAAACAGCUUCUCUGUCACCGGACAUUCUCAUGGCAAGCGGCAGCAGAGCAAGUUGGGCCAUUCCGUUUGGAUACUUCUUGAUGAUCUCCUGGUACACCUUGACUCUGGUGUGGUGGUCGAUGUCACCCGGCUUGGUGAGUCCAACAACAGGGUGGAUCAACAAGUUGGCAAGCUUGUCUCUAGCGGCACGCACGGUAAGCUCUCUGUGAGCUCUGUGCAUUGGGUUUCUGGUCUGGAAAGCAACCACCUUCUCCCAGUGCUUGUUGCCGAACUCGGACCGCAGCUGAGCAGGAGUCUUUCUGAGCCCAGUAUAGUCGUAGUGUUUUGGAGCACUAAUGGCUUGCAACGAGCCACCAAUAUAAACGUCCCCGGCGGUGUCCAACAGAUACCGAAUAGCAGGGUGCUCAGGGUCACCACGGAACACCUCCUUGGCCUCGACCUCCUUGUUUGGAGUGUAGAUGUCGUCGAUGGUCAAAAUAGCCAGAGCCAAAUCGUCUCUUGGGUCUCUCAGCACAAUACGUUGGCCGGACUCCAGACCAGAAGCCACAUCUUUGGAAACGUCCAAGGUGAUAGGAAUGGUCCAGAUCUCUCCGGAAGCCAAACGCAUCUUGUGCACAACAGAGGUGUAGUCGGCCUCGUUCAAGAAUCCCGUUAA